AUUGCAGCACGGGCAGGAUGGACCAACAGGUAGAAAACACUGACUGCAGGUAUGUAUUCUUCUAUUAAGAAAUAUACAGUACCUUGAUGCCUAGAGCUCAAAAGUGGAUUAUAUUGUUAUUGCCAUCUGUGAUAGUGGUGGUACUGAAGAGGAGCAUUAAAUAUAAAAAAAAUAACUAGUGGUGCAGCAGAGAUGGAGAAAUUGUUUAGAGUUUCAGUGUUGAUUGAGAGGAGAGGUUUUAUUCCUUGAUAAAUAAUAACUUGCCAAGACGAAGCACUACUUAGUACAUAGUCCGAGAAGUGAGAGAUUAAUAUAACCCUGCAUCACGAUGUACAUAUGGCAAAACGAACAAGAAGACGACGACGAUCAACCAAUAAUUACUUAACUAUACAAAACUAACUCUAAUAGAAGAACAGGUAGUAAGCUCAACGAACACGGCCACAAGAGACGACGAACCAUCAUCUCAGCUACCUAUUUACCUACCACUUACUUGUACGACUCUCGGUGCUUAAUUUGUAAUACGUAGUGUAGACCCACUGCAACACAAGUUUCAAGUGUGAAAUUUAUUGGGAACUUUGCAAGACCAACUUUUCACCUCGUCUCAAAAUCAAAAAAGAGGAGAGAAUGAGAUGAUGUCGUGUUAGUAAGUAGCAAAAUCAGAGUGGGGACAUUUCAGAGACACUUUUUUUUACAUACACCACAUAGUUUUCUAAUCUACAUGUAAAACUCAUUAGAAGAUGCGGAUAAGUGCGGUAGCAAUAAUUAUUAACACAACUGUGAUGGUCUGAAAAUGAGCUGAGUUUUAGUUAGUGUUUAUUUAUUGGUGGUUGAGCAGUGUGGUAAAAAUUGGUCGGAAGUGAAGAUGUUGAACUGAUUGCAUGGACGACUGACUGGAAAUUUUGUGCGACAUUGGAUUAGCAAUGGGAUGGAGACGGAAGUAACACUCGAGGAGAAGACUCUGGAGCUGGAGUCAAUUUUGGGCUUUGAUGAAGAAGCUCGAGAGGAUUUUGCAGGACUUGACAAUGACGCACUUGAUUUUAGCCAGUUGGAAGACUUUAUUGCCAAUGAAGCAGAUGGAAGCUAUUUCGCGGACACGUUGGCAAACAGUGAAGCCUCGAAGCAUACUCAGAAUGGACAGGCACAUCGUGACCGCAUCAUUGUGGUCACGAAUCUCCCGUCCUCCGAGGCGGGGGCCUUGCCAUUUACGUCGUCGAAGGUGGCGUGCCCUAAUGAUCCACCCGGCUGUUUGACAGCGUAUGCCAACGGUCAACUCCCGAGGCAUAACCUUCCCGAUAGUCCGCCGGACUCUGGGUCAGAACCUCCAUAUUCCCCGACGGAUCCAGGGUCACGUUCUCCCAAUCACAAAGAUCCAGCCAUGAACGGACGACGAAAUCUGCAUGAACUCCUUCUUCACCCAAUGUUUCCGCAAUCCUCCUCCGGGGGAUCGGGAAACGGGGCGGUUUCGGUCAUUCUGCAACACCACGAUUUACAAUCGCUGGGAUCUCCCAUAUCCAGCAUCCCUUCCAUCACUCACACAGGAACAAGUCCCUCAGCAAAUAAUGUGACUCUGACGACACUCGGUGGAUCCGGACCCUGUUCCUCGACCCAAGUUGUGGACGGGUCUCAAACUGCCUCCCCACAGCAGGACAUCCCAUUUUACACCAACUUAACACCUGUCGUCCAGCCAAGCAGUGAAACCAGCAGCAAGGGGAGGAAGAGAAAGGCUUCCGAGUCUGGGGCAAGCAGCACCAAAGGAAAAGUUAGCAUGGUUCACGUGAAACAAGAGCCAGCUCUCUCAGAAAUGUCGCCCGGUGCAGAGUCCACCACUUCAACAACUCACAAUGCAAGUGGGACUGGAAAUGACAAUGGGGGCAGUUUAGAUGACGAUUUCUACGAUUUGUCAAACGACCCUUCAAUCUUCAUGGAUCCAAAUUACCAGUGCAUCAAAUUCCAACCAUUCCACGAACACACAUGGCUCCCACUUGCGGAUGAAGCUCUCAAAGAAUUACCUACGGCGUACUUCAAAGUUGAUGCUGACAAAGGAUUCAACUUUUCUAAUGCGGAUGAUGCUUUUGUGUGCCAGAAGAAAAACCACUUUCAGAUUACGUGCCAUGCAAAGUAUCAUGGAAAUGCAAAAUACGUUAAAACUGCGGACGGUUUUAAACCCGUUGAUGGAUUUUGUAUCCAUUUUUACGGCGUUAAAGCCGAGUCUCCAAAUCAUUCCAUCAAGAUUGAGCAGUCCCAAAGUGACCGAAGCAAAAAACCUUUUCAUCCGGUUCCUUUUGAAAUUUGCAGACUGGACGUUAAUUCCGAAACGGUGUCCAAACUUACCGUUGGCCGACUCCACUUUAAUGAAACCACGUCCAACAAUAUGCGCAAGAAGGGAAAGCCGAACCCCGACCAGCGCUACUUUUACCUGGUUGUAGCCCUCCAUGCACACGGUCCGGAUGGAAACUACCCCCUGCUGGCACAUUCCUCACAACGAAUCAUUGUCAGGGUAUGGAGGACGCAAGCUUCAAAUCCAGGACAAUUUGAGAGUGACAUGGAACUAUCUUGGCAGAAGGGGCAGACAUCGGAUUCGAUUUAUCAUGCUGGACGCGUCGGAAUCAACAUGGAUCGACCUGAGGAAGCUCUCGUCGUUUAUGGAAACUGUAAAGUUACGGGCCAAAUUAUUCAUCCCAGUGAUAUGCGAGCAAAGGAGAACAUUGUAGAGAUGGACAGUAAACAGCAGCUUAAAAAUGUACAACAACUCCGAGUUGUUAGAUACAAAUAUAAUCCAGAGUUUGCUCGAUUGAUCGGAAUCUCUGAUGCGGAUGCUGAGGACACGGGCGUUAUUGCACAAGAAGUUCAAAAGAUCAUUCCCGAGGCGGUGAAGGAAUCCGGAGAUAUAAAGUUACCGGACGGAAAUAAAAUUAGCAAUUUUCUCGUUGUGAACAAGGAGCGGAUAUUCAUGGAGAACAUCGGAGCCGUAAAAGAACUUUGCAAGGUUACAGGAAAGCUCGAAACGAGAAUUGAUCAUUUAGAAAAGAUUACAAAUGCCAACAGAGAUCGCAAUAAUCUUAAAUCUGGCCGAUCAUCAUCUCGAUCAAGUGCUUCGAGCUCUCUAGGACGUAGAGAAUCAGCAACCAAAACGGCAACUGAAUACAUUUGUUCGAAUCGAUGUGUGCAAAUUCUCAUUGUGAUUCUCGUUUUGAUUAUGGCGUUCUGCUUGGUCGCAAUGGCUACUCUGUACUGGCUCGAGUACCACAAACGGUCAUCGUACGACUUCCAUCAUCACAAUUCCCACCAUAUCUUCAACUCGUCUCGGGAAUUUUUAAAUAUUCCGGCUUCUGAUUAUCGUCACGGAAGUUAUGGAGCUCCAAGUACCUUCUACCCUGCACCAAUCCACCCACAUAGCUUUAACAGUAACCAUCCGACUAAAAAUCCAAAGUCAUCAGCCAAGUCGCACCAUUCUAUUCCUCCUAAAACCGGCGGCGGUAUUGAGCCGUUCCUCUUGAUGAAGCCCAAAGUUCUUGGCAGACCGCAGUAUUGUUUCACUACUCUUCCCUAUUUGGACACACAAUGCGGGACCUUUUGCUGUGCUGGAGCGUCAUUGUCGCCAACCGAUUACUCAGACAUUGAAAGAAGAAAUCAAGUCGUGCUGAGCGUCAGUUCUACAAAACUUUCUCCACCUCCUGUUACACUCACUCCGCAAAACAACAAUUCUGAGGAUGCCAUUUCGAAUUUCUCUAGCAAUCCUGUUCAUCGCAAUGGAUUAGACUCGAAACGCAGACGACGACAGAUUGAUGAAAAUCCCCUGAUUACAGUGCCAUCGAUUCGCGUCUUGUCUCAGAACAUUAACCAAACUUUAGAUGCGUCGUACUGCAUGCUAAAUUCUAACGGAUAUGACAGCGGAUACCACGACUGUGUUUCGACUGACAACAGAUAUUUUUCUAGUGCAAAUUUGACGUAUCACGUUCCUUUAAGCAAAUAUUGGGACGAAAUGAACGUGAAACUUAUUUUCAAGUUCUCGCCACGAGUGAACAUUUCUCAGCCUCAAAUGUGUCAAGAGUUUUACGAUCAGCCCUUCUGCAGGCUGGAUGACGCCACCACGAGUACUCCCAACGUUGAGGAGAAAAGCAAUAACAAUGACACUCAGACUGUCGCUGGUGAAGGGAAGAACGUAUUUUCUCUCAGCGUGAAAGUUGGAGGCAGUCCGUACUCUCGUUUCAACAUUAAAUUUUCUUCAAAUGUCGACACCCAGGAUUUGUGUAACGUGCAAAAGAACAUUUUUGAAUUCAAUUUCCACUUUUACCGAGUAUGCCAUGAAUGAAUAACGCUGCUACUGCUGCUAUAUAAGUCAUUUUCCAAUCAGUCAAACACCAUUAGUGUAGGAGAGUUCCUUCCACGAUAUGUUAUUCUAUUAUUUGAUUCCUUAUUAUUGUUGCAAUUUAGUCCGUCCCGUCAACUUUCUCAUCCGUUCCAUCGCCAUUAUUAUUGCUAUUUUAUGUGUCAGAAUGCAGUUAGAGUCUAGAUUUAAUUUCGUAGAGAUUGUCUCAACUACGUUACAUAAAUACAUAUAUCUCUGUAUUACACACAUUAUUUACGGAUUAUUCGUGGCAAAAAACUUAGGUAUUUACUAUUGUAUGAUAAACUGGUGGGUAUGAAUGCGAUGCGUUUUCCGAGUAGUAACUACAUUAUGUUUGGUAGUAAACACAACUAAAAGUAAAGUAACUCAAAUGUAAAAAAUUAUUAUCAUUUUAGAAAUAAUGUACAACAUGAUGAUCUAGACAAACUAGAAAAGAAAAACUAAAUGUAUUACAAGUUUGAUGAACAAUAUAUGUUUAAAAAGUAUUUUAAAGCCAACGAUAUGUAACGUAACGAUAAUGAUAAAUUUGAUCCGAAAUUGAUAUUACUCAAUUUUGAGAAAUUUAAAUUAGACACGUAUUUGAAAUAUAUAUAUAUUUACCCAUGUUAUACCUGUUUGUGACGAGAGAAAGGUGAGGAGAAAGAGAAAAUCUCAAUAGAAAUGUAGUAAAUUUUAGUGUUCAA